AUGUAAAUAAAGAAAGUCAGUUGUUUUGGAGCAGGCUAUGUGGGAGGACCAACGAUGGCUGUGAUGGCUUCUAAAUGCCCAGAACAGACCUUCAUUGUUUAUGAUAUAAAUGAAUAGUAAAUUUAAAAGUGGAACAGCAAACAAUAUCCAGUUUACGAGGAAAAUUUGGAUGAGUAUGUGAAUAAAACAAUACACAAAAAUUUAAUAUUCACUAGUGACAUUGAUCUUGCUUUGAAGGAUUGCGAUAUUGCAUUUUUGGCAGUCAAUACUCCAAGUAAAACUUAUGGGUUGGGAGCUGAAUCUCAAUUAGAUAUAUCCUAUAUAGAUAGCUGCCUUCAAAGCAUAAAGAAAUACCCAUUGACUAAGAAAUUGAUAUUGGUUGAAAAAUCAACCGUUCCCAUAAAAACUGCUGAUUAUAUCAAUGCGGUAUUAUAGAAUUUGAAUAUUUGUGUUUUGUCUAAUCCUGAAUUUUUGGCUGAGGGCACUGCAAUCUAAGAUCUUCUUUCUCCAGACAGAGUGAUUAUUGGUGGGCCUUUGGAAUCUAGUAAGUAGCUUGCUUCAUUGUAUGAAUAAUGGGUACAAAAAGACAAGAUCAUUUUCACAAAUAUUUAUUCAGCAGAAUUGAGUAAAAUUGUUGCCAAUUCUUUCCUGGCUCAAAGAGUGUCUUCAAUCAACAGUAUAUCCAUAAUUUGUGAUAAAAUUGGAGCAGAUGUCAAUGAAAUUUCAUAAUGCGUUGGAAGUGAUAGUCGAAUUGGUAAUAAGUUUUUGAAGUCAUCUGUCGGAUUUGGUGGAUCUUGUCUAAAGAAAGACUUGCUUUGUCUAAUUUACUUGUGUGAAUCUCUCCAAUUGGAUGAGGUAGCACAAUACUGGAGAUAGGUUUAUCUACUAAAUGAAUUUCAAAAACAAAGAUUUAUCAAUUUAAUUAUCAGUUCCAUGUUUAACUGUUUGAGGAAUAAAGUCAUAGUGAUUUUGGGGGUAACAUUUAAGGCCAAGACCAAUGAUACCAGAGAGAGUGCUGCUUUGCUGAUUAUUAAAAAGCUACAAGAGGAAUAGGCAAUACUAAGGAUUUAUGAUCCUCAAGGGAAGAUAGACAAGUUGGAGCAAUGUUAGAGUUUGGAUGGCAUCUUUAAAGGGGCUUCUGCAUUAGUGAUACUAACUGAAUGGGAAGAAUUUACAAAAAUAGAUUAUGUUGAGGCUUUUAAUCAAAUGGCUAAACCUGCAUAUUGUUUUGAUGGCAGGAACCUGUUGUAAAGUGAUUUGAUGAAGUCAAUUGGAUUUCUAUAUUACGGGUUAGGGAGAGUCUGA